AUGGAUGAAGAUCGCAUUGCGCCAGUUUUUAAGGACCGUCAUGUCUUUUUGACAGGAGGUACUGGCUUCAUGGGAAAAGUGUUUAUCGAGAAAAUGUUGAGAAUAACUAAAGUUGGAAAAUUGUAUCUUCUAAUGCGCCCCAAAAAAGGAAAAAAUCCUAAAGAUCGCUUAGUUGACAUGUUUACGAAUCCACUUUUUGAGAUGGUGAAAAAGCAAAAGUCUAUGGAUGAAUUAUUGAGUAAAAUUAUCAUUAUAAAUGGCGAUUGCUCAGUGGUAGGUUUAGGAAUAUCUGAAACAGAUCGACAACUCAUAGCUGAGAAUGUUACCUUAAUCUAUCACUUUGCGGCUACGAUUCGAUUUGAUGAAAAGCUAAAGAAAGCUGUAGAACUGAAUACAAGAGGCACACGAGAAAUGAUCAAAUUGGCAAAAGAAUGUAAAAAGCUUGAUAUGUUUGGCUACAUGUCUACGUCGUACUGUCAUUUGCAUAUAAGUUUCCUCUUAGAAAAGCCUUACGAUCCACCAGCUGACCCAAACAAAAUCAUCAACUCAGUUGAGCUUUUAACAGAAAAUGAAGUUGAAGCAAUGUCCAAAAAAAUAUUAGGAAACUUGCCUAACUCGUACGCUUUUACAAAAGCACUUGCAGAAGCUUUAGUGAAUGAUGCAUGCCAAAAUGAUAAUUUACCAGCUAUGAUAUUACGACCAUCUAUUGUUAUUCCUACUUUGGCUGAUCCAAUAAAAGGAUGGACAGACAAUUUAAACGGACCUGCAGGGUUGAUGAUCGGUGCUGGAAAAGGUGUCAUUCGAACAAUUUAUUGCGACCAGAAAAGUUAUGGCGAUUUCCUUCCUGUUGAUGUUGCGAUCAAUGGAUUGAUGGUUUGCACUUGGAACUACCUUGCAUUCAACGACCGAGAGCAUUAUAUUGUCAACUUUACAAGCUCACAAGACAUCAAAGUUACAUGGGAAGAGAUCUUAGUGAUGGGACAAAAGGCUAUAAAUAAUAAAUAUCCGAUUAAUGGAAUCUUAUGGUAUCCUGGAGGAAAUAUGUCUAAACAUCAGUGGGUUCAUAAGAUAAAAGCAUUCCUAUUUCAUUGGAUCCCAGCAUUAUUUAUUGACACUUUACUAUUCUGUCUUGGUUAUAAGCCAAUAUUAUGGAGAGUUCACGAGAGAAUCGCCAAAGGAAUGGAAGUUCUUCAAUAUUAUGCUAAUAAUCAAUGGGAUUUCGAUAACAAACAUGCAAUCAUCAUAAGAGGAAGGAUGAAUGAAUACGAGUUGGAAAAAUAUAAAGUUGAUGCCAAAGGAAUCAAUAUUUACAAAUAUUUUGAAGAUUGCAUUCUUGGAGGACGUAGAUACUUAUUAAAGCAGCCAGAUGAAAUGAUUCCAUCGGCUCGACGUAUGAUGCAAGUCAUGUACUUAUUAGAUCGAUUCUGUAAAUUGGUGAUUUAUGGUGGUCUUCUUUACUGGUUUAUGAACCGAAUACUUCCACUUUUUGUAUCCCAAGAUUCAUUGAAUCAAUUUUAUUCUAUCAUCAAAAAUGCUUUUAAGAAGUAA